AUGCUGACUUACCAUUUGACACUUGGUCCUCAAAAUGAACCUGGUAAGCAAGUCCAAAGUGCUAUUAAGAUAAAGAACACCAGCAAAUCUCAUGUAGCUUUCAAGUUUCAAACAACCGCUCCAAAAAGCUGUUUCAUGAGGCCUCCUGGUGCUAUUCUUGCUCCUGGCGAGAGUAUUAUUGCAACAGUUUUUAAGUUUGUGGAGCCUCCAGAGAACAAUGAAAAACCAAUGGAUCAAAAAAGAAAAGUCAAAUUCAAAAUCAUGAGUCUGAAAGUCAAAGGGAUGAUGGAUUAUGUACCUGAGCUAUUCGAUGAGCAGAAAGAUCAAGUGGCAGUGGAACAGAUUUUACAAGUUGUUUUUCUAGACGUGGAACGCCCUAGCCCUGCUUUGGAGAAAUUGAAACGUCAGUUAGCCGAGGCAGAAGCUGCUCUUGAAUCCCGAAAAAAACCUCCGGAAGAAAUCGGGACAAAAAUUGUUGGUGAAGGUCUUGUUAUAGAUGAAUGGAAAGAGAGAAGAGAGAGAUAUUUGGCGCGACAACAAGUUGAAGGCGUAGACUCGGUUUAAUAAGUUUGUUCCUUUUAUGUUCAUUUUGUAUCAUUUGGUGUAUGAUCAUGCAGUACAAUCUGUUUUGUUCUGUCUUGUCUUGUCUUGUUCCGGUCUCUGCACAGAAGAGUUGUGCAGACGUUUGAAAAAAAAAUGUUUCCAUGUAAAAAGCUUUGGCGAGUUGAAUCUGUAACUUGAGAGGUAUAUGGUAAAUUAUCACAUUCAAGUUGUUGGUGGGUGCAUGUACAAUUGUACAUGGUACAAGGUACAAGUCCAUACAGCACAAAGGUACUACUUGGACUUGCACCCAUCUUUCACUUUACCAUC